GGCCAAGUCUUCCCCCGGGAUGCAGAAACUAGAGUCAUCUCAACAACCUUCCUAACAACAAAAAGUUAACUCUUGGGCGAAGGGCCUGGAUAUCCUUUGUGGUCAAUCCUGAAGUUACAGGAAUAGUCCUAUGAAUAGAAAGGUGUUUGUAGAUCCGCAAGAUUCCUCCGACCUAUCUGGAAUUUCCUUCCAGGACAGACAAAGGAUGCAGAAACAACCCUUAGCAAGUGAGGGAACUGGAAAAGGCCCCUCUGCUGUUGAGCCUGGCAGCUGUGGGAAGAUCUGGGCAAGAACUGGGCAGAAGAUGCUGGAGAAUAAAACCAUCAUCCGUUCAGAGAUUCAGCCCUGGAACUUCAGAAACAUCCAAUACCAGAAGACUGAAGGUCCCCGAGGACUUUGCAGCCGACUCCACAACUUUUAUAGUCAGUUGCUGAUGUUAGAAAAACACACUAAAACCCAAAUGUUGGACCUGCUUGUUCUGGAGCAGCUGCUGACCCUUCUGCCCCCACAGAUGGAAAACUGGUUGCGUGAGUGUGGAGCAGAGACCAGCUCCCAAGUGGUGGCCCUGGCGGAAGGCUUCCUCAUGAGUCAGGCAGAGGAGCAGAAGGAACAAAUCGAAUUUCAGUCUUUCAUUCUGCAAACCAGAGAUCCUAUGAGGAGGAAUCCAUCAAAUACUCAUCAGGAGCGGUUUUCCAGGAGGAUCUAUCAGGAAUCCGCAACUCAGGACAUCUCAGAUGGGAAGAAUAGAACGAAUUUGACUCCUUUUUAUGGUGAUGCUGAAAGAGUGGUUGAAACUCCAACUCAAAAUGGCCUUGUGUCCUUUAAGGAGGUGGCUGUGUAUUUCUCUGAAGAGGAGUGGUCUCAACUGGAUGCCGACCAAAAAGCGCUGCAUUGGGAAGUCAUGCUGGAAAAUCAUAGGAACGUGACCUCUUUGGUUAAGAGCCCUUCCAGUUUUUUGUGUAUAAAAGUCUCAUUACAGUUAUCAUACUCAGAGACAAUCUUCAAUGACUGUUGCUUAGUGCCAGCAUAAGGUCUUCUGAUUACAGUUGGAUAUUAAUCUUUAAAGUUCUCAGUAUCAGUGAAUGUCUUUGAAUACAAACUUUUCUAGCUUUUUUACAAGUCCACCCAAAAUGAUCCUUUAUCUUGUCGACAUUUCCGAUAUUAGUCUGAGGUACAUUUAUACACUUCUGAAUAUUUUUCUGUUCAUAUUCCUCAGCCUGAUUAAAGGUUUUAACAAUUACGUAUCGUUUGUACACAACGGAGAUUCGAAUUCUGCUUUAUCUUGUUGAACACUAUAGUUCCCUUUAUCUACCUGGAAUCUUUCUGACAAUAUGAAAACGACUGACAGUUAUAUCCUUUUGCCAUUCUUGACUUAGUUUGGUAUUCCUGCAUCUCAAGUUCUAAUGGCUCUCGACAUGUGAUCCAUUGUCUUUUCCUGUGCUGACAGUCAUGAAGAUGUUUUGGGGCAUAGCCUGAUUUUAUAUCUGUUUCAUAUUCUCAAUGUGGUAUUUCUAAUAUUAUGGUUUUAAACUAUAGAUCGGGUGUCAAACUCACAACAUCACGUGAUGUCUCAUGACAUAUUGUGGCUUUUUUGCCAUUGCCGGCAAUGGGGUGGGUGCGGUUUGCCAUGACGCAUCCACCCCACGGGCCAGCAGUUUGACACCCCUGCUGUGGAUUUAGCCUAAAUUUAUCAUAUCACAAAGAUCCAUGACAUGCAAAGUCCAAUUUCAAAUCAGGAAAACCAAAUCCUCAGCUCGUUACCUCUAUAAAAGACACCUGGGAACCAGAAAGCUUGCAGUUUGAUAGGGGAUCAAAUAUUUAUUUCACUUAUUAAAAUGCAAUUCAAUUUAUAUCUUUUUUGAAAUGUGUUUUUCUAGAUUUUUUCCCCUCAUUGUAAUUAUAACAUUCUCUUUAUUCUGAUCAACUCCUGUUUAUUAUCCAAACUAUGUAGCAGACUACAAAUUUCAAUUUCAAAUCAGGCAAUCCAAACUUUUCCCUUUCGUUCGAAUUUUGGAGAAUUUGAUAUUUAAUCUAUGAUUUUGCCCUAGCCAUACAAAGCUAGAUUUAUCUUCCAAAAUUUUAAUCAAGAAAAUCCAGAUCAAAUUCUUGAAGGGCUUCUCUGACAAGAUUGGAGCAAUUUGUUUUUUCAUUAUUUUCAAACUUCCUAUUCUUUGCUCUUUUUCCCUAAAGUUAUUUUUAUUUUCCUGUGAAGGUAAUGGAGAGGAAUAUGAAGAUUCCUGGGAACUACUCCAAGUGAUCACUCGUGGGUACAAUACGAAGAACGCCACAGAUCUAAUGGAAGUAGAAAGCCAUGAGAGAAACCAGUCAAAUAACUGCGAUUGGAAAAAUUCAUUUUCUAUUCAUGCACCAACUAAAGCCUCUGUCUUCCAACAAAGGAAAAUAAAAAAGAAAUAUAUUGGAAAACAUAAAAAGUUAUUCAUAAAGAAAUUAAAUGUAAAUAAAUACUGCCAAACUCAAACCAAAGGAGAAGAUUAUAUAUGUAGAGACAGUGGAAAAAGUUACAAAUGGACCUUGUCUCUUCCUCACAAAAAUGGGUCCCGUACAUCACAAAAAAGGACCCACGCAGGCGAGAAGCCCUAUAAAUGCAUGGAGUGUGGAAAGAGCUUUAUUUUUAGAUGUUAUCUAAAGUCACAUAGAAGGAUCCAUACAGGAGAGAAGUCCUAUAAAUGCAUGGAGUGUGGGAAGAGCUUUAUUUUUAGAAGUUAUCUUAGAUUACAUAGAAGGAUCCACACAGGCGAGAAGCCCUAUAAAUGCAUGGACUGUGGAAAAAGCUUCACUUCUAGUUCUUCUCUUACUUCACACUUAAGAGUCCAUACAGGGGAGAAGCCUUAUAAAUGCAUGGACUGUGGAAAGAGCUUCUCUUUUAGUACUGCUCUUACUUCGCAUUAUCGGAUCCAUACAGGGGAGAAGCCAUAUAAAUGCAUGGAGUGUGGAAAGAGCUUUACGACGAGCGGCAGUCUUACUUCCCAUAAAAGGAUCCAUACAGGGGAGAAGCCUUAUAAAUGUAUGGAAUGUGGAAAGAGUUUUUCUACGAAGAGUUAUCUUACCACCCAUAAAAAGUUCCACUCAGGGGAGAAGCCCUAUAAAUGCAUGGAAUUUGGAAAGAGUUUUUCUACAAAGAGGUAUCUUAACAUCCAUAAAAAGAUCCACUUAGGGGAGAAGCCUUAUAAAUGCAUGGAAUGUGGAAAGAGUUUUUCUACCAGCAGUCAUCUUAACACCCAUAAAAGGACCCAUACUGGGGAGAAGCCCUAUAAAUGCAUGGAGUGUGGAAACAGCUUUAGGAACAGUAGAAGACUUGCUUCACAUAAAAGGAUCCACACAAGAGAGAAGACAUAUGAAUGCACAGAGUGUGGAAAAUGCUUGAGGUCACUCAGAAAUCUUUCCAUGCAUGAAAUGAUCCACACAAAGGAAAGGCCUUAUAAAUGCAUGGAAUGUGGAAAGAGUUUUAUUUUGAACAGUUAUCUUAACUACCAUAAAAGGACCCACACAGUGUAGAAUCUCUGUAAGUCUGUGAAAUAAGAAAAAAACUUCAAGGGGACCAAUGGCCGAAUGUUCCAUAUAAUUCUGUUUCAUUGUUAUGCUUAGUUGUUGAAAUAUAUGCAUUUUCUAAUUUAUUGAAUUAGGAAAGGGUUUUUUGAGUCUGACCGACACAACGUGAAGCCCAAGAGAGAUGAAUAUACAGAUGGAAACCAAAUGCUAGGCAUGUGGUGUUUUAAUCAUGAGGAAUGGAUUUUUGUAGCUGGUGUCAUUUGAAGGUUAUGCCAUUUCAAAUAAAUAAGAGAACAUCUUUUUUCUUCAUGUUUAUCCUAUUUUCGAUUAUAAAGCACAAAUCUCCAAUAAAAUUUAUUUUCAGGCAUACUAUGGGAAAGACAUAAAUCAGGAAAGACUUGCAGAAGCUAUAAGUAAAUAUAAAUGACAAAGUAAAUGUGAUGCUAAAGAAGAUACUUUAUGAAUAGAGCAGUUUAAGUAGCAAUUGUUUUGCACCUAAGCUUUGUAUAGCUGUCAGUAGAAGUUAUAUAAUGAAUUCUAAGAUGUUGAAACUGGAAACGUCUUGGGAUAUUGUGCUAAAUUACAAGAAUGUUCAAAAAGGAAAAAUCUGGUGACAGUGUAACAUCAGAGCCUCUAAUUUAUACUUAAUGCUACUGGAUUUACAAUCCCUACCUCAGUGUAUUCAGUGUGGACAAGGGGCUCAGCUGAGAAUGUAUCCCAGUAUUGAGCUGGAAAGUGAUUGCUCUAAGAGUGAUGUGAUCAGGCAGACAUUUAAUAGGUGUGGCUUCUGCUAGAACAGCGGUUCUCAACCUAUGAGUCGGGACCCCAUUUGGGAUUGAACGACCAUUUCAUGGGGGUCGCCAAACAACGCAGUCCGCCAUUUUUUCCCCUUUUCCUUAGCUGUGCUACUC